AUGAGCCAAAAUUCAAGGGACAUGCGAAAGAAAAACACUACUACUUCUUCAAAUAAUGAAUUCGAGUUGCUUCGUAAUGAAAUGAAAGAGCUUAAAAUACAAAUCAAACAAUUAAAGUUACAGUUAAUUGGAAAAGACCAAGAAAACCAGAAACAACAGCAUGCUCCACUAUAUGCUACUUCCAAGUACACGGGUGUCGAUACAAACAACUGCGAAGAAGUUGAUUGA